AUGGCAGAAAUUCAGAGGCGGCCAUCACUUAUGCUUGAUGACGAGGAGGACCUCAGUCAUGAGAGGAGGUCAAGGCUCCCAUCACAGGUUACUGAUGCGCCCCUGGACGAUACCGAUAUGAUAGCUCUGAAUACUACUUAUGACAAGCAGAUUAUUCAAGGGCAGCCCAUGCAUCUAGAGUUUAAUGGGCACACGAAUCCUAUCCAUCAAGAAGUCAGUGCAUCACAGCUCAAAAAUCACCGCCAUUUGGAUGAAAAAGGGUGCCUCACGGUUUUUGAUAUCAUAGGGAAAAAGAGGGCGCAUUAUCUGAAGAGUUCUGCUCAAGAUGCACUGUCGAGUCCAAAGAACGAUACUAAAUCCUGGUUUCUUUAUCCUCGUCCACUACCUAAGUUUUGGAAGUUUGAUAAGGACAGGAGAUUACAAGAUACUCAAGAUCGAGCGAUUGAAAACAACGGAAGGCCUGAUCAUAAAGGUUACUUCACCACUCGUGCCUCGCACGCAGACGCCUAUAAUCAAUCAAGCCCAACUGACAAAAUCAAUCUAAACUAUACUGGAAAAUUCUUUGAGCUCGAAAAUUAUGCGGAAGAGUUCCGGAAUGUUGUGGGCCCUCGAAAUACUACUACUUUAUCUUACAAAGAGGUCGUAGCAAAAAUCUCGCCAAUUGAGGAAUUCAGUAAAGAUUUCCAAUGGGUUUUGAGCUAUCUCGUCUCUGAGGAAUUGAAUUCUUUAGCAACAAAACGGAUUGAGUACUUACUCAAUAGAUUUGACCUCUUCCAGCAGCUGGAGGGUCGUACUGAAAUUCGCGAAAACAGACUAGUCCCUCAUCGCGACUUUUACAACGUCAGAAAAGUUGAUCAGAAUUUUCUCCUGAGCGGCUGCGUGUCACAGCGUCAAUUGAAUGAGUUCAUAUGGGAAAAACUAAAUCUCGAACCCGAAAGGAUUGUCUACAAGAACUCCGAGGGGAAAGAAUUCAAGCUUCGUCAAAUAUUCUGUAACGGAGCUGAUGCAAAGUCUAAUGAAGACGCAUCGAUUGGCCUCAAAGCAGUGGAUGAUUUGUUUCUAGAAUGGUAUCAAACCGUAUAUCUUCCUGGGAGUCACCUUAUGGGUCGCUGUGCACCGGCUCCUGGUAAAGAUCACACCUUCUUUAUGAUUGCGAAAACUUUUCUCGAGUUCGAUAAUUGCAUGAAUGGAGAGUAUUUUGCGGAGUUAGUUGUCAGGUAUGUCAUACAGUCCUUCGAAAAAAGUAAGUACCAGCUUGCACAACUGUCGGUAGAUUUCCAGUUUUGUGAGGACUGGUGGUUUAAAUUCAGCGACUGGAUUACUAAAUGGAAACUCGUCUCCUACAACAUUCGAUGGAACGUCCGGCUUGGGAGAAGUUAUACCAAAUUACAUGCUUCGGGGAUUGUUGAGAGUUUCCAAGACUAUUUGGACUACAUAUUUCGUCCACUUUUCUCUAGCAAAGCGAAAAACGACAUGAAAUUGCAAUAUUUUCUUUCAACGGUUUGUUGCCUUGACCUAUCCGCAACUGAAGGUGACGACUACGUUUGGAAAAAGUUCAUGGAUCCCCAGUCUACACUUCCAAUUGACUGGAGUGCUACUAGAGACAAUCCGCCAAUAGCAUACUACAUGUUUUACCUCAUGGAAUAUGUCAAGCAGUUCAACUUGAUGCGACGAAAUAAUUUACAAAACCCGGUCACCUUGCGCCUAUAUGCACCAUUGUUAAGAAGCCGAGUUUCUCAAUUUAAGGCGGGAAUUAGUAUAACUGAGCAGCUCGAAUCGUUAAUAUGCAACGUUCUGUUGUGCCACUCGGGGCUCCUUCAAGCUGAGCCGCUGUGGGAUGCAUCGCCUGCUGUUCUUUAUCUUUAUUACCUCCUUCAGAUCCCCGUAAUUGUAUCCCCGCUUUCGUCAGUCUCGAUCGCCCAAGAGAAACCAAAGACUUCACGCGCGGACGGAAUAAGAGAUGUGACAGUGCAGUCUACUCGGUUCUACACGGGAAACCCUUUCCUACAAAUGCAAAAGAUUGGACUUCGGGUGAUUUUAUCUAGCAAUUCGGUGCUUUUCAAUAGCUCUUACACCAUGGAGCCAAUAAUCGAAGAGUAUAGCGUGGCAGCCAGCAUUUAUUUGCUUAACAGCGCGGACUUGUGCGAGUUUGUUCGCAACAGCAUUGUCACGAGCGGCUAUGAAGGUUUUUAUAAGGCACAUUGGAAUGGCAUAGGGUUAACGAAAACACAAUUUUUGCGCGAAAAAAUAGGAGGCACUGAUUCGUGGUACGAUCAAGAGCUUGAUACUAGUUACAAGCACAAUGUUCCAACAACACGGCGGUUAUACCGCAAGGACUGUCUAGAUCGAGAGUGGGAGUUUAUCAGGAAGCAAGUUCCCAGUGAGCUUUGCUUUUCUUGA